GGUCUCGAGGCGAGUUCUUCAUCGGGACCGUGCAUGCCGUCUGCGGCGGCCGCGGCUGCCAGCGGUGGCGGCGGUCCCCCAGCCCACGUGGACGUCGAUGACAUCGACGUCGACGGGAUCAAGAAGGCCCAGGAUACCGAGGUGCCCAUGGACCUCCUCCUGUGGAGCGACCGCGUGCACCUCCGCAUGGUUGGGAAUAACAAGUGGAUGUUGAGGAGCAUCGAGACGUACGAGUUCCACGAGUUCGAGGCGGAGGCCGCCGAGCUUGUCCACUCGGACGACAACACGAGCAUCGCGGUUGUGAAGGUUGAUGGUAGCGCCGAUGUGAUUGACCUUGACAACCUGUUCAAGUGGAGACUUUACCGUGCGAAGGGUAGCUGGGAAUAUUUCGCCAAGGCCACUGUCGUAUACCCGACCCACACCAAGACGAUACAGAAGAGCGUCGACGACAUGUUCUCGGAUCACAGGAAGGGCAAGGUGAACGUCGCCGUCGGCUCUGGGAACGGGGAGACACAGUUCAAAAUGUUCAUCUUCAAGCUUCAUCGCCAAGGAGGGCAGCGGAUAUGGUGGGACCACAUGUCAGUGCAUAAGUACCUCAAGAUCAAGUCCUACAAGGGCAUCCCGUCGAGGUGGUGGGGUAGGGUUGGCCAUAAGUGGGACGGCAGCUUCCUGCAGAAUUUCGGUUUCGGCUCGAUGAUAUACGGCAAAGUGGUAGCGCCCCAUGCGGUCAAGAAAAUGAUGCUUCCGUUUCGCACGAGGUGCCUCGACUCGAGCUCUUUGUCGACGGCUGGACUCGUCUUCGCAGUGGCCAGGUGCGCGUAUUUGUCGCCAGAGGCUGGGGGCUUCAAGGAGGAGAGUAGCACGCGCGCUGCGACGGAGUUGAUGGACGCCUUCAUCGGUACCUUCCUGCGCAACUGCCAGGUCGAGGGCAAGGCCCCCGCCAUCACUUUGUACCUCGUUGCCGAUUGGGCGCCACCGUGGCCGUUCCCCACAGAGACGGGCACUCCCCAGGUCAACCUGGGAGUGCAUCGCGAUGGUAUCGACGUGAAGCCGCUGCACAGCUUGGCCAAUGUAUCUGGGAGGACUUCAAUUGUGACCAAGUAUUUCAGGAUGGUGGAGAGUGUCGCCGGCUCGUCCGACCAGGACGUCAUGCUCGUAUCAUGGGAGAACUUGUUCUCGAACACGGUGUCCAAGAGAUCAAGCAAGUUCUUCUCGCAGAUCGUCUACGGCCUCGCCAUGGCCGCAGAGGCCAUGGUGCUCCGCGGGAUCACGAAUAAGGACGUCGUGGACACGCUCAGCCCGAUCAACGUCUGCACGUCCACGAUGCAGGACAUGGACAGGCACGAGGUGGACUACUUUCUCGCGAAGUACGUCGCCUGCGCGAAGGACACGUUCAAGUCGCCUAUGUUCCUCAACGUCGCCAUCGACAAGGGCAACCCUGGCAACCUCCCCCUCUACGGCUCCGUGUUCACGCUCCCCAGCGGGGUGGCGGUCGUCGGGCCGCCACAGGUGGCGAGCGGCGCUGGGGCGCUGGAGUGGGCGUCAGGCAAGGAUAUCAGAUCGGCGCGGCCUGGGGGGAAGAAGAGCGAGACUACCGGCGGGGAUGCUGGGACGAUGAGGGCAAAUCGCCAUCGCGCGUGGCCCCAGAGAGGUAGGCACCAGAAGGGCCAGAGUUGGAGGCCAGCCGUGCUACACCGAGCUGCCGCAGCAUCGUGGUGCACUGCCCUCGACAACGCCAUGAAGCAUGUGACUGAGACCGAUGACCUUUCGUAUCUUCGGCCCGACGCCUCCGACAAGUGGCGCGACGCAAAUUGGCGGAACUGGCCUCACAUGUCGUUGCCGAUGGACCUUGGGCCCGACGGGAUGGCAGGUUGCAACGCUUUGCUUUACAAGUGGAAGUUGAAUCUGACAAGGAUCGAUGAGUUCAGCCACGGGUCGAACAACGACCUCAAGGUCUACCUGAAGGAAAUCGGCAUGUGGGACCUCGCGAUCCUCCUCUUCAUCCACUUCAACGUGCCGUUCGGGCCUGACAAGGAGGACGGCCGAUACAGGCACCUCGAGUGCGUGGACACCAUGAGGAAGAUCUACGACGAAGAGACCUACAGGUCGGUGCCGUGCUUCCAGCACUACUGCAAUAACAUAGUCCAGGAGAUGAAGAGGGACGGCUACGAGUUCACAGGGGACGAGCCAGAUGCAGCCGUGGCUUGGAACUUCAUGAAAGAGGAGAACGGCUUCAUCCCAUUGGGGAUGCGCUCCAACUUCUGUCGGUUUUGUGAUGCUGCUGAUGGUUUCGACAGGAACUACAAGUACUGGUGGAGGCGCACGUUCGAGCGCACGUGCGUCGCCUUGGAGCACGACAUGCUUGCGAAUGCGAAGCUCCAGAAGGUAGCGGUCAAGCAGGCGGAGGUGGGCGGGGCGAUCGUGGAGGGGGGCGGCGCUACGAGCAGCGCCAAAGUGACGAUCGACGCGAAGGUGUUGAGGUCCGCCAACGCAAACGCCGUGGCGAUAUCAGUGCUGCUGACAUCAUGCCCUCGGAACCGCCGCACAGUAGCCUGCUCGUUCGCCCCGAUGCAUUGUGUGAAGAAGUGGCAAGGGAAGAGCGUGAAGGAGAUGAAGACCGCGGAGGCGACGCAGGUGUGGAUGACCAAUCAGAUCAGAGGGGACUUCAUGGACCAUGUUAUUUCGAUUGUAAACGGCUUGUUGGACGCGCACAGCAUGGAGGGCUGCGACUUCAUUCUGAACAUGCGCGCGAUCAAGGACGCCGAUCCUGGUGAGGUCGGUGUCGAGGGCGACUUUGCCGAGCUGUACGGCAUGGCGCAUCUUUCACUUGCCACUGCCAGGAUGCGAAGGUGUUUGUUUUUGUUCGGGUGGCCCUUGAAGAUGCAGCGCGUCCUGGCCGACCCAGAGACAGGGGUGAACACGGCGCGGGAGUUCAAGCGAGACCUCGAUGUCUUCAACGAGUACUGCGCGUACAAGGGCGAUCAGAGUGCACGGUGCGUGGUCGUGAAGCGCAGCGUCUUCGGCCUGACAGCGACCAAGCAGAUCACCUUGGCGUUCCGCGAGCUCGGGUUCAAUGCUCCGCACCAGGCGAUCAAGGACAUCAUGAAAGGUCGGAGCACUGGCAUCAUGAAUGCGAUUCCUGUCGAGAAGAUCAUUGGCGCCCAGAAGAAAUGCUCGCGCUUCAAGGCUUGCAAGAAGUUUCGUAGGCCAGCGACCGCCAUGCAUACGGCCAUCUGUUGCGGCGUGAUCGACAAGCAGUUGAAGUUCACGGCCCUCGAGGCCGAUACCCCCCUUCAGGAUAAGACAGCGUCUCUGCCGCUGGAAGCCUUCAAGCCAGUGAAGAGAUCUGCUUCGAUAGCUUUCGGGGAUAUCGUGAGUACCGCCCAGAAGACCGACUACUACAGCCCAGGCCCCACCUUGGCGAACACACCGGUUGCCGACCUCAAGAUGGUUUCCGACGCGAAGGCUAAAGGAGGGUUUGGCCAUGUCACAGACGCGUGGCUGGGCGGCAUAUUCAAGCUGAAGCACAAGUUCGUCUUCUCGAGCCCACAUCAUGGUGGCGAUGCGUGGUGGCACCUUGCGCUGCACCACUGGCCGACGAGCGGCGUGUUGUGUUGGCCUGGCAAGCUGGUCACGGUAGAGGGGUCACCCAACUUUUACUUCGAGUUCGCCCUCGACUUGCAGGAGCCCGCGCACGUCGGCGUGUUCGACUGGGCGGACUUCAAGGUCAGGGAGAUUUCUUUCAAGUCAUGGGCCUGGCAGGGCCGCAACAUGCCGCAGGGUUGGGUUGAUGCGAACAAGCCUGGCGUGCGCAUCUUCGCCACGGGUUCGGUCACCAACAUCCAGAAGCUGGCCUCGACGAACUGUUUCUGGAACAUCAGCUCCUCGGACUUGGGCAGCAUUGCCAGCUACCUGAAGAUCCCCAUUCCUGAGGGCGCGUCUUUGUUCUCCAAGCUGCUGAUCUGUUCGCUCUUGGGCAUCACUAGUGAGGCUGCCAUGAAGUUCUUGUGCGCGCGCUGGUCGUGCGAUGAGAACGACCUGGAGUUCGCCCAAGAGUUGAUGGAGGUCGAGGCGGCCAUCGAAGUCUUGGACCAGCACGACCAUGACACAGUGAAGCAGCAGAUGCACGCGGUGGAGACCAGCGUCAAGGCCCACGAAGAGUUCACGGAGGAGUUCGAGGCGAAGCUGCUCGAGCUCGCACGCGCCAAGGCUGGUGGCAAGAAGCCCAAGGUAGGCGCGGGGAAGACGGAGAAGAUCCCCACUACGCUGACGCAGAAAGAGGCCAAGAAGUACCUGCCGCCAGGUGCCUCCAUCUGGCGCGGCUUCUCUCGCGGUGAGUGGAUGGGGCACAUGCCCCCGUACAGGCGCGUGAGCGCACCGUGGUCGAAGCACACUGAGGCUGGUGCCAUGCGAGUUGCAUUGAAGAAGGUGUGGAUCCAAUAUUUGGCGAAGGAGGUCAAGGACCGCUCUCACUGCCCCUGGCCCGAGCUGUUCGAAUGA